AUGGCUGGUGGUGGUGGUGAACGUAAUUCUUACUUGUCUCUGGCAACUCCAAAUGAUGUUAAGAAUUAUACAAAUGAUGUAGGACAAGUUCAAUGGGCUCAAGUUCCAUUAAAUGCAGCAUUAGAUAAAUUAAAAUCAUGUCGUGAAGGUUUAACAUCUGAUGAAGCUGAGAAACGAUUAGCUGAGUAUGGACCUAAUAAAUUACCGGAAGAAAAAGUGAACAAAUUGAAAUUGUUUAUGGGAUUUAUGUGGAAUCCAUUAUCAUGGGCCAUGGAAGUCGCUGCUGUGCUUUCCAUUGUGUUAUUGGAUUAUCCUGAUUUUGCACUUAUUCUGAUCCUAUUGCUACUUAAUGCAUGCAUUGGAUAUUUGGAAGAAGUUCAGGCUGGUGAUGCUGUAUCAGCCUUAAUGGGUCAAUUAGCACCUGAAGCUAAAGUAUUUCGUGAUGGAGAAAUCAAAAACAUUCCAGCAGAUUUGUUAGUACCUGGUGAUGUCAUCCGUGUACGUUUGGGUGAUGUGAUUCCAGCUGAUCUCAAGUUCCUCGAGGGUGAUGCUGUUAAAGUUGAUCAAUCCUCACUCACUGGUGAGUCAUUACCAGUGACAAAGAACGAGGGAGAUGAAGGGUAUUCUGGUUCGGUGGUAAAGCAGGGUGAGAUUGAGGCUGUAGUGACAAGCACAGGUAUCAACACGUUCUUGGGUCGUGCUGCGGAGAAGAUCGCGUCCGCGGACUCGCACGGCCGUCUGCAGAUGGUGCUGACAACUGUGGGCAAUUUCUGUAUGGUGUCGAUCCUGUUCUGGUGCGUGGUGGAGCUAAUGGUACAAAUGGCUGGUCGCUCGUCACAGAACCCGUGUGUCAUCGUGACGGACGGCUGUCUGGGUGUUGCCAACAUUUUGGUGCUGAUUGUUGGCGGUAUUCCCGUGGCCAUGCCGACUGUCUUGUCGGUGACGCUUGCUAUCGGUUCGUCGGCUUUGGCCAAGGAAAAUGCCAUUGUGACGCGUCUGACGUGCAUUGAGGAGAUGGCCUCGAUGGAGGUGUUGUGCUCGGACAAGACGGGUACACUGACAUUGAACCAGCUCUCCGUGGACAUGGACAAUUUGAUUCCUUACAAUGACUUUACGACGGCUGACAUUCUGAAGUACGGCGCUCUGUCGGCUCGUACGGAGAAUAAUGAGGCUAUUGAUGUUGUGUGCCACAACACGUACCCUGGUCACGCUACUAUGUGGGAUGAGUACACGCUGCUGCAUUACACGCCGUUCGACCCGACGACGAAGCGCACGAUUGCAAAGUUGAAGGACAACCGGACUGGCGAGAUCUUCCGUGCCGUAAAGGGUGCCCCGCAGGUGGUGUUGGACAUGGACGUGAACGCGAAUUUUCUUCGCGCGGAAGUAGAAGAGCGCAUUGACGAGUUUGCUUCACGCGGUUAUCGUGGUUUAGGUGUGGGUAUUUCUCGCAGUGGUGAUGUUCCUACGGAGGAGUGUGAGUGGCAUAUGAUUGGUCUGUUGCCACUGUUCGAUCCGCCUCGUCACGAUACGGCCGACACGGUGAAGAAGGCCAUUGCUUUGGGCAUUGCCGUGAAGAUGGUAACGGGUGACCAGAAGGCUAUUGCUGUGGAGACGUGCCGUCAGCUGGGAAUGCCUACAAACAUUUUGGACACUUCUUUCUUUAACACUGCUCCUCCUCCUGGACUGAAUUUGGCGCAGAUGAUAUAUGACACGGACGGUUUUGCUCAGGUCUUUCCUGAGCAUAAGUUUGAGAUCGUGAAGCACCUGCAAUCAUUGGACAAGGUUGUGGGUAUGACGGGUGAUGGUGUGAAUGACGCUCCAGCCCUGGCUCAGGCCGACAUUGGUAUUGCUGUGGAUGAUGCUACGGACGCUGCGCGCGCUGCUGCCGAUAUUGUUCUUGUUUCUCCUGGUUUGAGUGUGAUCAUUACGGCCAUUCGCAUGAGUCGUGAGAUUUUCCUGCGCAUGAAAAACUAUGCGAUGUACUCUAUCGCGAUGACCGUGCGUAUUGUGUUUACGUUUGGUAUCCUGACGGUUGCGUGGAACUGGUACUUCCCUCCUAUUCUUGUGGUGAUUCUGGCUAUUUUGAACGAUGGCACUAUUUUGACGAUCUCGAAAGACAACGUGGUUGCGUCACCGUACCCGGACUCGUGGAAGCUGAAGGAGGUGUUUAUCUCUUCGAUCACGUUCGGUCUGUGGCUGACUCUGUCAACGAUCGUGCUGUUUGCUGUUGUUAACAACUCGAGUGGUUUUGAGAGCACUGGUGCUGAGAACCUGUGCGUGAGCUGCAUGAAGGACCAUUGUCACGACUUUUUCCAGAACCAGUACCAGGCAUGUGUGAUGGACAACAACGCAACUGGCUGUGGUGAGAUGACGGGCAGUGUGCCGGAGGCAGCUAGUUUGAUGGACGUGGGCACGUUCCGCGAGAGCGCUGUGAACGCUUACUGGACCCGUUACGAGUCGAAGUAUGACUCUCGGUCGAAGUUAUUUGAGGACUUGGCUGACUCGCACCUGAACUCACUUCCUAACGACGCAAAACCUUCAGCUGAGGUUGCUUACAACCAGUUCGUGUACGCGUAUACUCUGGGCAUGGGUGGUGCUGCUUACGAUGGCGACUACGACGUGUUUAAUGCUGCUCAGCUUGGCAGGGGUGUGAGUUUUGUUGGCAAGGGUGAGGUGCCUGUCACGAACGAGGUCAGUUUUUGCGACUACGUGUGGGGCUUUAGCAACUGGAACUCGACGUGGACACGCGACAACGAGAUGAUUGGUCCUGGCAUUCAACGCAAGGAAGGCGUGCUUCGAUCGCUGGUGUACCUGCAAGUGUCCAUUUCUGGUCAGGCUCUGAUCUUUGUGACGCGUACGGCCGGCAGCAACAACUGGUUCUUUGCUGAGAAGCCAAGCAACCUGUUGCUGUUUGCGUUCGUGUUCGCUCAGGUUGUUGCUUCCGUGGUGGGCUGGAUUGGCUUUGGCGGCUACCCGACGGACCGUAUUGCUGUAAUUGGUUGUGGUGGCAUUUACACGCUGGUUGCGUGGCUGUGGGCGAUUGUGUGGCAGUUCCCGCUUGACGUGAUCAAGUUUGCCGUGAACUACAUCCUGACGAAGAAUGCAUAUGCGAACAAGGCGUUUACGGAGCGCAUUAACGCCGGUCAUCCGACAAUGGCGCACUCGGCAGUGACGAACGCACAGCGUUCCAUUCGUGCCAGCCGCACCGUUUAA